AUGGCCGACCAAGAGCAUUUUCAAAACGCAAACGCCUUGCACGUGCAGUAUCGAGACCUGGAUCCGAGUAAGGCAGAGAUUCGUCUGGUUGAGUUAGACCCUUUCAGAGCAGCGGAAUUUACUUCGGACUCUGGACAUCAACCAGUAGUGCGAUGCCGCUUGAAACAUCACAGCCUCAGAGAAUGGCCUUGCCACUACACAGCGCUGUCGUAUGUUUGGGGAGACCCUAAUGUAACGAGCCCUAUCUACUUGGAUGGUCUAGAAAUCCAGGUCACCAAGAACCUGGAGUCGGCCUUAAGACACCUAGCAAUCGAGCAAUGGAACGAUACUGAUUCGAGACCAACGCUCUGGGUUGACGCCAUCUGCAUCGACCAACGGAAUCAGGUAGAGAGAACACAACAAGUCUCUCUAAUGAAGGAUAUCUUCCGGAAUGCAUACCAGACACUCUUGUGGCUGGGCCCUGCAACCGGAGACAGUGACCUAGCCAUUGAUACCCUGCGCCAGAUGAGCCUAGCAGCGAACUUCCCCGGUCAGCACUUCAAUUCGUGGUCCAAAUUCCCCUUCACCGAUAUCACAUCUGACCCUCCGAUGGCUACCAUUCGAAGCAUUCUCGACAAGGCCCUCGCCGAACUAUGUCUGGAUGAUUUUGCCAGGUUGAAAGCAAUAAGCUCUUUAUUCGACCGGCCAUGGUUUCGUCGGGUCUGGGUGAUUCAGGAGCGAGUCUUGUCACUGAACUGCGUUGUCUGCUGCGGCCGGGAGUGGGUUACGUGGGAAAAGUUCCGUGAAGGAUUCUGGCUGCUUUGUGGCAUACGCGAUAAUCUCAAUAUUGUCGGCAGUGACACGGGGAGGCAGGACAGCUCGGCGCUGGCGACUUUCCUCACGACAGGUCUCAACAAAGUAAUACCUGUGUCUUUCACCCGGUCCAACUCUUCCCUAUUGGUUCUCUUUUCUCUACUUUCCGGUAUGGCAGCCAAAGCCCAACUUCAAGCCUCAGAUCGCCGCGACUAUGUGUUUGCAUUAUUGAGCUUGAUCGACCUGAAUCGAAGCCCGUUGAUCCUCGCCGAUUAUACCAAAGACUGGAACGCUGUCCGGAUGGAAGUCGCCAAAGCAUGCUUGAUUUACUACGGACCAGGGUUCCUGUCUUUUGCAGGUCUCAGUCAAUCUACGGAAGACUCCGCUUCGCUUGGACAGAACGUCCCAUCUUGGGCACCGGACUGGUCAUCGGCAUAUUUACCUCAGCCUUUAAACAUCCCUUCCAUGUUUGUAGUCAGAGGCAAAAACAGAGAGCGCGCCUACUCAACGUUGCUGGGUUUCACUCAGAACCUCUCACAGGCCUUUUCCGACGAUAAUCGACUGUUGUUGGACGCUUUCCAAGUCGGCGAUGUCUCAGAGCUUGGCGACCCAUUCCCCGAGGCAGAUGACCUUGCCGACGAUACAGCUCGUGUUGCUUCUCUCAGACUCUGGCUUCAAGGUCUCGAGGCCAUGAUGCCAUGCACUAAUCGAGUUUACUGUACUACAGAGGAGGUGAACGAGGCCCUGUGGAGGACCCCCAUAGCAGAUCGGGCGUUUGCCUACAACUGGGAGACCGAGAGAGCUUCAUAUGAGACACUCUCGGCAUAUCGUGCGCUGAAGGCUGGCGAGGUUUCCGAGGGUGUGAAAUAUGCAAACAUUGCCAGCAUCAAACUCCUUCGGAGACGCCCGUUUGUGAGCGCGAACGGUUUGAUCGGGCUCGGGCCUACAGGGAUGUCCAUUGGGGACUCUGUAUGGGCUGUACCUGGUGCUGACGUGCCAUUUGUUUUCCGCUCAGCUGGUGCCAGUAGCUUCUCAGUUGUCGGUGAAGCCUAUGUUCAUGGUAUUAUGGAUGGUGAACUCCGGCAGCUGCUGCCGGCGAUCGAGUUUCAAAGAGUUGUGGUGGCUUGA